AUUUUUUCUUUUCAAUUCGCAGUGUGAGAGGGGGAAAAAAUAUGACGCACAAAGGGGGCAUCAUGAACUUGCCGGAAACGGAUUCGGAAGACGAAUUGCCCCCGGGGUGGGAAGAACGCGCGACUUUAGACGGUCGUGUUUAUUAUACUGAUCAUUCGUCGAAAAGCACGCACUGGGUUCAUCCCAAAACUGGGAAAGAGAAGAUCAUUCCGAAAAGCUCGUUACCCUUUGGCUGGAAACAAGAAGUGGAUGAUGAAGGAAAAAUCACUUACGUGGAUACAGUGAACAACAGGAAAACUUUCACGGACCCGCGAUUGGCUUUUGCAGUGGAAAAGAAUGCUUCAGCUGGAGGAACAAAAUUCAGGCAACGAUUCGACUCUAGUUCAACUGCUAGUCAAGUCUUGCACGGACUUGAUUUGUCAGGAAAAAUUGCUAUUGUAACUGGUGGAAAUUCGGGAGUCGGUUACGCGACUUGCGAAGCGCUGGCUCGACAGAACUGUCGAAUCGUCAUGGCGUGUCGAAACACGGCAAAAGCCAAAGAAGCUCGUGCCAAAAUGAUGACAGCGAUUCAGCACCUGCAACCCGACAUCGAACCCAUGCCCUGCGAUCUCGACUCCCUGUCGAGUGUCAAACGGUUUGCCGAAGACUUCCUGUCCCGCUAUGAAAAGCUGGACUUUUUAAUUCUCAAUGCCGGGAUCGGAAUGCCAGAAUACGGGUUCUCGGAGGACGGGUACGAGAAGACGUUUCAGAGCAAUCACUUGGGUCACGUGUUUUUGACUGCGUUGCUUUCGGAACGGCUCGUGGUUUCCGCGCCGUGUCGGGUCAUAGUGGUUUCGUCCGAGGCUCACAGAACUUCAUUCCUCACCACGAGGAAACUAACGGAACGGCGUCUUUCCCCGCCGGUCAAGUCCGAGUAUUGGGGCACGAUGGCGUACAACGACUCCAAGCUGUGCAACGUCGCCUUUGCCUGGUGGCUCCAACGCUAUUUCACGACUCACGGCGCCCCUCAAGUGUUGUGUUUCUCGCUGCACCCGGGCAGUCUGGUGGCGACCAAUUUCCAGUCUGGCUGGUGGGUCCUGAGGCUCUUGUACGCCCUCGUGUAUCCCUUUACCAAGACGUGGGAGCAGAGUGCGGCGACGUCGUGUUUCGCCGCCACGGCGCCGGAGUUGGCGGAAUUUGGCGGCAGUUAUUUGGAUAAUUGUUGCGUGACUCGGUGUGCGGCUGUGUCCAAGAGUGAGGAGUUUCAGAGCAAGUUGAUGGACUUGAGUGUGCGGAUGAUUGAGGCGAAGAUGGGUCCGAACUCGUGUCGAUUUGCCUUUUCAUGAUGAUGGACAACGUCUUUUGUGGGGGGAAAAUGGUUGAGGAACUUGUGUUUUGUUCAGCAACUUGUUGGGGGAAAAGGAAGUUCGCACACUGGCAUUAUCAGUACAAUUUCGGUACAGCAAAGCCAUUCGUACCUUAAAAAAAACCUUUUAUGUUGAUGGAAAAAAUGUGUCAUAAUGAGUAUUAAAUAAGGAUGUGUUUAUCACGCAAGGGAUAAUUGAAAAAAAAUGGCCGUGGAAGAAAAGUUUUGUUUCAAAAAGAAUUGUUCUUUACAACGAAACUGUAGUGUUUUUCGUUUGCCAAAUUGUCCUAAAGGAUUCUUGGCCAAUUCCUUGGAGACAGACCUGGUACUUUCGAGAAGUAGAUGGUGGCUUACAUUCGAGAAAAUAAUAUGGUGAGAUUUGUUUGAGAUCGACCACGAAACAUCACCUCGAUUAUCCAUUACUUGGCUUACAUCCAUCCUUUUUUUAAUUUUUUUUUCUUCGUAAUUGGGGAGAUUUAUGCAAUAUAAAAACUGUCCUUCACUGAACCAUGACUUCCCGAGUAAUUUGAUAUUAUUUUAAUAUUUUUCGUCAUUUUUGUUAUCUCAUAUCCGUGGUAUGUCUUUUGGAAUCUGGCGCGGAUUCUUUUCAUUUGUGAUUCGGAAAAGGCUUUCAUUGCACGGAGCUCAUGAACAAAUCGGGCGAAUUUUUGGUAUUCGUGUUAUAUAUAUAUAUAUUUUUUUAAUGUUGGAUGUGGAAUUGCACCUUUGACUUAUGUUACUGUGCAACGAA